UUUUGCCGUCAAAUCGCUCUUUUUGGCCACGACUCCACGAGUUCAGUAAGGAGUAGAUAUUUUAACGAAAGGAAAAUCAAAAUGGCGGUGGCUGCAGCUCGCCCGCUAAUCACGGUGUACAGUGAAAAGAAUGAAGCCAGCGGCAACAAUGUCACAUUGCCAGCCGUGUUCACAGCCCCUAUCAGACCAGACAUUGUUAACUUUGUUAGCAGCAACAUGCGCAAGAAUACCCGACAGGCGUAUGCUGUCAGUGUCAAAGCUGGACAUCAAACCAGUGCUGAAUCUUGGGGCACAGGUCGCGCUGUAGCAAGAAUCCCCCGUGUCCGUGGAGGUGGAACCCACAGAUCCGGUCAGGGUGCAUUUGGAAACAUGUGUCGAGGUGGCCGUAUGUUUGCACCAACCAAGACAUGGCGUCGUUGGCACCAUCGCACUAACACCAACCAGAAGCGAUUUGCCAUGUGCUCUGCAUUGGCAGCCACCGCCAUUCCAGCUUUGGUGAUGUCAAAGGGUCAUCGCAUUGAACAAACAUCUGAAGUACCACUGGUUGUCAGUGACAAAGUUCAAGAGUAUAAGAAGACAAAGGAAGCAGUGCUUUUCUUGAAAAGAUUCAAAGCCUGGGAUGAUAUCAAAAAGGUGUACAAGUCGAGGAGAAUGCGUGCCGGUAAAGGCAAACUGAGAAAUCGUCGUCAUGUCCAGCGUCAAGGUCCUUUGGUUAUUUACGCACAGGACAACGGCAUCACAAGAUCUUUCCGCAACAUACCUGGUGUUACCCUUCUAAAUGUAAACAAAUUGAACCUGAUGAAAAUUGCCCCAGGUGGUCAUGUCGGGCGUUUCUGUAUUUGGACAGAAAGUGCUUUCCGCAAGUUGAACGACAUCUACGGCACAUGGAAGACAGGGUCAAAGGAAAAGACAAACUACAAUCUUCCAAUGGGAAAGAUGACAAAUACCGAUCUGAGCCGUCUGCUGAGAAGUGACGAGAUCAAGAAACAGUUGCGACCUGCCAUCCACACCGCCAACAAACGCAAGGUGCACAAGAAGAAUCCACUGAAGAACAUCCGUGUGAUGUUCAAGCUGAACCCAUACGCUCAGACCCAGAAGCGUAUUGCCAAGCUAUUGGAGAUUCGCAACACUGAAGCGAAAAAGCUGAAGAAAAAGAAGAUUGUCAAGGCCGCUAAAAAGCAGCCGAAAAAGAAGAAAUAGACUGCGAUAUUCAACAGUCGCAGAUGACAGCUGCUGAUAAAAGAAAUUGUGACGAUUAGGCACAUAAUAUAUUCAACUACUGUUACUACUGUUCAAGCAACAAUUGUCGGCUAAUAAAUACUACAGUACAAGCAGAA